GCGCCUUGCGGUAUUCUACCAUUUUAAUCUUGCUGGGCCGGUAGCGUGCGUAAAAACUGCUAACACUGAAAGUCAGCCUUGUUUCAUCCUCUUCAACGAAUAUGCCUACUUAAAACAGGCAACCGCGACUGUUCGCUUAUUAGUGCGAUUCUCUGUCUUUCCGUGUGCACAAACGAAGUAAAACAACGUUCCUUUGUGAUCUACCUUGUGUCUUUUCCUCCAUCAACUUGUUCUGAAUCCAUUCCUCGGCCCACUUUAUGAUAACUAGAAUUUUGAAAAGACAUUGAUGUUUGCUGUUGAGAUGCAGAAAAUAACAUAUAAAAAAUAAUAUCUACAAUAUGCAAUCUUUAUGAUGCCCGAUGCUUCAUCUUCAAAUUUUUUGUUAUGAUACUUAAGGUCUAAUGCUUCUCGUAUACAUACAUGAAAUAUGUAAUUAAAUAAUAUUACAACUUCUCAAAAUGUUGAUGUGUCAAUUUAGAAGUUUUGUCUACGAGAGGUCAAUUGGCAGCAGAGACGAAAAGAAGUGUCUUUUUUUUAACUUCAAAUUAACCGAAAAGAAAGAGAUAUAUCAAGAUGAACAAAUUGUCUUACAUGGAAGUGGUCACAGUACCUAAUUACUCUUAUGUAUUUAAUUUCGAAGAAAAUUUCAUUCAUACAGAGACUAAAGUAUGGAUGACGAAGAAUUGGACGAACUGUUUCUACUAUUGUGGCAUUUACAUGAUCCUAAUUUUUGGUGGAAAGCAUUAUAUGUCAACUAGACCAAGGUUUGAACUCAGGGGCGUACUUGCUUUAUGGAACACAUUGCUUGCAUCGUUCUCCAUUAUUGGAUUGACUAGAACAUUACCAGAAUUGGUCCAUGUGUUAAAGCAUUAUGGGUUUUACCAUAGUGUUUGUAUACCUAGCUUUAUUGAACAAGACGUCGUGUCUGGUUUUUGGACAUGGAUGUUUGUUCUAUCAAAACUUCCGGAGCUUGGUGAUACAAUCUUUAUAGUAUUACGAAAACAAGAAUUAAUUUUUCUACAUUGGUAUCAUCACAUAACAGUUCUUCUUUACUCAUGGUUCUCAUAUUCAGAGUACACAGCAUCCGCGAGAUGGUUCGUUGUAAUGAACUUUUUUAUUCAUUCCAUAAUGUAUAGUUAUUACGCUUUGAAAGCAAUGCAAUACAGACCACCAAAAAUAUGCGCUAUGUUAAUCACUGUACUACAGAUAACACAAAUGUUUAUUGGUUGCAUUAUAAAUAUUUCGGCUCACCAGUAUCUGGAAAACCAGAUUGAAUGCCAUAUUUCACGUUUAAAUGUUAAACUUAGUUUGCUUAUGUACUUCAGCUAUUUCAUUCUCUUCUGUAGAUUCUUCCAAAGAUCUUAUAUUAACAAAGGUGGUAAAUUCCAAAAGAAGGGCUUCACUAAUGGAACAGUGGAAUAUGACAAGCUCAAGGCUAAUUAAAGCACACCAAAAUAUUUUGGAAACUUUUUCUAAAAACGCAUUCCAGUGGCAUUUCUUGAAAACAUUUUCUAAGAAUCUUUUUAAAGUCAUGGAGCUGUAUUUCAAGAAAUAUCCUUUGGAAAUUUUUUUAGAAGUCUUUGUUAAUUCAAAGUCGUAAAAUUGGUUGUGGUAGAAUGAAACACGCGAUAGAAUGGAAAUUACUUAAAUACAGCACAUUGAAUUUUAUGAUAAUAUUAAAUGUUGCACACUGAAUUUGGUAGUAAUAGUAAUAAAUUUCAUAGUAACUUGUUUAACGUGUUUGAAGUUACAUACGUUAUCAAUGAGUUAAUAGGAAGCUUCUUAGAAGCAAUUCUUAAAACUAUUUUUUCUCUAGAAAUGAUUUCUAAAGAAAUUUCUGAACAUUUUUUGUGAUACUUCUUUAUGAAGUUAAUGUGUCACAAAAAUAAUGGUAGAACGAGAAUGGAGACGUAAUAUUUAAGAACUUAGAAUAUUGUAUAAAUAUAUUAUUUAGUAUUGAACUAUUUACUAAUAAAAAAAAAUUAAUUAUAAUAGAAAAUUUGUCAAUAUGCUUAAUAUUUUUAUUAUCUUAAUAUUUAUAUUAUAUAUUUUUAUUAUCAAUAUGUUUGACAUAUUGUUGUGCAUAUGGAAAUGUAUAAAUAUGUUAAAAUAUGAUAAAAAUAUAUGUAUAAUGUAUAAUGAUUUGCUUACAUAAAAUAAAAAUGAUAUUAAAAGUUUUUUAGUAAAAUUAAUAGUAUAUAAUAUAUUAUCAUACAAAAAAAAGAAAACUAGGAAAUUGUUUCCAAAUCUCGUUCUACUAAAAUAAAAAUGAAAAAAGAGGUAAAAAAAAAAAUUGCUUUUAAAAAAUCAGAAAAUGUGAAAAAAUUAAAAAUUUCAUUAGGCCUAUCAUCAAAAUCAAGCUAUUAUAUAUUCUUUAUAGAAAAUAGUAAAAGAAAAUAAUAAUCGGAGAAUGAAAUUGCAAUCUAAAUUCAUGACUAUUUGAAAAAAAAUAAUAAUAAUAAAAAGAUAGGAUUUAUAUUUACUAUUUUUUGUUAUUAGAAAUAAAAAAACGGGCUGCUUGUUACUAUUUUUUAAUUUUCAGAGUGCAAUCAACCUUGCAAAAAAAUUUAUAAAUUUAUUAUACAUUAUUACAGAUCAAGCUAAACAAAUAUCACUUAAAUUAAAUUUUUAUUUAAAUAGUUAAUAAAAAUUUAUAUUUAAAUUUUUUAUAUUAUAAUAUAUUAAAUAAAACAAAAAAAACAUUAAAAAUAUGUGACAUAGAGUUUUUUCAAAUUAAAUCAAUUAAAUUUUUGUUAACAUAAAUAAAAAAAAUAAAAAAAAGUUGUUACUAACUAGAUAUAAAUAAGAAACAAAUCAAAUAAUAAUUAUAAAAAAAAUUUAUGUUCAAGUAUUGAAAAAAAUUUCCUUUAUAAAUUGUUAAAUAGACAUAUUUAUAAGGAUGGUUGUUCUCUGAAACAUCAACUGACCGAUUCUAGUCGUAUGGUCAGGACGAGGAACGAAAUUUAUUUACUGGAAUGGAAAUUAAAACACGAUUCAUUAUUCAUGAUUCAUAUUAUAAAAUAACUAUUCACGCCGCUGAUCGACGCGCACUUUCAUACAAAAUUUAUUAAAUGCCUUCCUUUCCAAAUUUUAUAUUCGACUGGAUAUAUCUUUUUUUUUUCUAAUUUUUUUUUUUUUUUUUUUUUUUUUAAUUCCUUUCAACUCGCACAAAUAUUGCCAAUAAAAAUUUGAAAACUCACAAUCUAAAUAACACAGUAAUUGUUCAUAAAUUGUUUAAUUUAUUAUCUAAUUUAGAAACAAUGAUAAAUAUAGUUUUAAAUGUUUAUACAAUUUUUUUAGUAAGUAUUUAAUUCAUACAAAACUAUAAUAAUUAUUCCAGUUUGUGCAUGUUAUUUAUUUUCUUCUACUUAUUUAAUUAAGAAUUUAUUAAUAAUAUCAAAGAGAAAAAAUCAAUUCAAUGAAAGACAAUAUUUGAUUUAACAAAAAAUAUUGCUAAAAUAUUUUUAUGCUCGAAUCGAGUUUAAAUAGUUUCACUUGUUUAUUUAUUUAAUACAAUAAUAUUAAUACAAUAGCAAUUAUACUGGUCGAACGGUGCGUGUUUCAUUUGGUGGAUAAAAAGAAUUUAAUUAUUCUCAUAUUAGAUAUUUAUAUUAUUUACAAACUAAGUUGUAAAAGGUAUUUGCAAUUUUAUUUUCAUUCAACAAUGAAAAUAUAUCUUUUAAUUAAAUUUUUUAGAAUCAAAUCAACAUUAUCAUAAAUUUUGUUUAAAAAAAAUAAUUAAAAUAUCUUUUUAUUUUUACUUAGAAAAAAAAAGAAGACACUCUUUAACUUAAUAUUAUAUAUUUAUCUGAAUUUAUUAUAUGUUAUUGAUUUCAUGAUUUCAUUUCAUUGAUUGAAAACAAUGAUUGCAAGUACUUGUAUACGAGAAGAUUUUUCUAAAUCUCGAUUAAGCAACUGAACACUGCUCUUUUGUGUCGAUGCUAUGUCAUAAUCAAUUACUAAUUAAGGGAUUAGUUAAUUGAGUGCUGCUUUAUACACCGAUAAUGGUGCAAUAGAAUUAAAUAUACAAUUAAUUUUUUCAUAGAUUUUUCAUAGAAGAAUUAAAGAAAAAACUAAAAUUACAGAAAACAAAGCCUCGAAAUAUUUAUAUAGAUAAUGUUACGAUUAAGCGCUACAUUUACUAUGUCAUUGAAAUACAGUCAUUCUUAGACUUAAGUACUAAUUGGCUUCGAAGUAAUCAACCCGAAGUAAAUUAAGUUAUAAUGGUUAUAAUGCAUAGAUAUUGCAACAUCUAAUUAUUUAUACACGUAUAUAAACAUACAUAUUAAUAUAUAUUAACAUUUUUUACUAAUUACUAACGAGUGAUUAUGUGCGCUGAUAAAAAUGACUUAAGUCAGGGAAUGACUGUACUCGCUGCUAAAUUAUCGCUGUUAAAUGGCGAUAAUUGUGUAACAUUUUAGUGAAAUUUUUUUAAAGAAAAACAAGUGAUAGUUUUUUAGGGAAUAAACCACAGAGAAUAAACGCGUAUAGAAAUGUACAAUGCUGUUCGAUCAAAUAAAUAAACCGAGCUACGGUUUUGAAGUUUAAGAUAUGCGUUUCAAAGUGAAAGAAUAUUUGCAUUGAAAAAUGCAAUGACUCGUUCAAACAUAGAAAAAACUCUAUAUCAACAACGAAAUAUGAAAUAUAGAAAACAAAACAAAAUAAAGAAGAAUUUGCGUAUUUUAUUAAUAUAUAUUAUUUUAAAAGAAUUGUGUUAAAAGAAUUUCAGUAAAUAGUUAUCUUCUGCGGUUGAGUUAGAAUUAAAAUCAAUAGAAGAACAAUAAAAAAUCGAUAAUUUUUUUAUUAUUUAGUUUGAUUUUUUUUAAGUAGUAUAAUUUAAUACGCAUAUGCAAGAAUAAUAAAUAAAAUGGAAGCAACACAUUAAAAUAAAAAAAGAGAGAAAAGAAAAACUGUAUGUUGUGUGUGUGUGAAAGAGGAAUAAAAUAAGCAUGGAAAACUGUAUAAUUUCAUAGUAUAAAAUUUCUUUUGUUAUUA